CGACAGCUAAUCAUAUUCCCUGAAAUCCCAUCGGGGCGGGACUGAGAUAGAUUGCACCGUCUUGAGCCUCGGGCAGCCUGCACCCCCGGCCCCCACAGACGAAACACUCCAGUCCAGGUAUGGCGAAAAUUCUUUGCUUCUCUAACGGGCCAUGGCGUGGAAGGAAUCCUAUAUAACACGGUCCCUGUUCCCAAAGCUUUCUCUCCAUCAGCCAGACUGGUUCUGCUUCCAUCUCCCAUUCUUUCCAUCCGACAGGACAAACAUUCUCCUUCAUUCUUUUCAUACCAAUCUGAGCUGUGCUCGGUUUCCCACUCUUUUUACACUCUUUGAAUUAUCGCCACUAUGAAGACGGCACUCAUCCUCGCGCUGGCGGCCGGCUCCCUCAGCGCUCCAACUCCCACCCUCAAAUCUCGCCAGUUCAGCCUGGGAGAUCUGAUAGCACCCGGCUCAGGAGGCCUCUCCAGCGGGGAUUCUGAAAACAGCCCCGACCUAGGCGAUCUCUUCGGCGGCUCCUCCGGCUCGUCUUCGAGCCCUACCCCCUCAUCGACUGCCCCCGCCGGACCUGGUGGGUUCGACCUAUCUGACUGGUUCCCCGGGUCCUCUUCGGCCUUCAAGAAGCUUCCCCGUGGUGGAGGCCUCGGCGGACUGGGCAGUCUAGGCGACCUCUUUGGCGGUUCGUCCGGCUCAUCGCCUCUGCCCAGCUCUACUCCUUCAUCCAGCUCUGGUGACGAUGGCUUCGAUCUAUCCGACCUAUUCCCAGGAUCGUCCGGGUCCUCGCCUUUGUCCGGCUCCGGUGACGAUGGCUUCGAUUUGUCCAACUUGUUCCCGGGAUCUUCUGGAAACAGUGAUAGCAGCUCAGGAACACUCUCCGGUAAGUUAACACGGUCGAAAUAUGGACAGGGGGCUAACAGACCGCAGGCCGCGCUAGUAGCCCAUCUGGCAUCAGUGGCCUAAGUGACCUCUUUGGUAAGUCUGUCCUCCCAAAUGUCGGAAUUAGUACUUAACGAAUGCAGGCGGUGGUUCCGACUCUUCGUCCGGCAGCGGACUCGGUGGACUCAGUGGACUCAGUGGCCUCAUGGGUAAGCGCCUCCCCGGAUAUGCGAACUUAUAGUUGACAAGUGCAGGUGGUUCCGACAGUUCUGAUUCCUCUAGCUC